UGAUCGUCUCUUUCUCUCUUCCUCGACUAUAAAACCCUCAAAACUCAAAACCCUGCAACUCCCUUUCUUCAGUAUACAACAGCAGCCGUAUUCGAUCUAGUGUUCUUGAUUCUUUUGAAUACAGUCUUGGUCAUCUAAUCCUGCGGUUGUUGUUGUUGUUGUUGCUCCGCAGCUUUUAUUCACCAUGCCUCCUCGUUCAUCAUCAAAGAAAAAGACGGUCCCAGCUAACGCCGGAUCGACUGACGAUCAUUCCUCUGCCUCAAGUAAAGCUAAAACGAAAAAGGAUCAGAUUGAUCAACUUUUUGAUUCAUAUGCAAAUAGUUCAAUACAAAUGAUUGAUCCAGAAGGAAUUGAGGCACUCUGUUCAGAUCUGGGAGUGGACUACACUGAUGUCAGGAUAUUGAUGUUUGCGUGGAAAUUAAAAGCUGAAAAGCAAGGGUAUUUUACCCUGGAUGAGUGGCGGACAGGUCUGAAAGCUUUGGGUGUAAAUACUCUUAGCGAGCUUAAAAAGGCACUUCCGGAACUGGAGAGCGAGGUGAGGACACCACCAAAUUUUGCUGAUUUCUAUUCUUUUGCAUUUCGAUACUGUCUAACAGAGGAGAAACAAAAGACUGUUGACAUUGAGAGCAUUUGUGAGUUGUUGAAUCUUGUUCUGGGGUCCCAAUUUCAACCUCAAGUUGAUCUACUAAUUCAGUAUCUAAAGUUCCAGAGUGACUACAAAGUGAUAACCCUAGAUCAAUGGAUGAAUUUUCUUCGUUUCUGCAAUGAGAUAAGCUUUCCAGAUCUUGGAAAUUACGACUCAACGGCAGCUUGGCCCUUGAUCCUUGAUUAUUUUGUUGAAUGGGUGAAACAAAAAGCAUAGCUAACGAUGGCAUCGAUUCUGCGAGAGUGGGACUCUUUUUUUCCUUUUUUCCUUUUUUUCUUUUGUUAAACAUAGCCAUUGCCUAGAUUUCUUCAAUCAUGAUGCCAUCUUGUCUAGUAUAAAGGCUAGUCAUGAAUAGUUCAUUAUACCUUAAUGCAAUUAUGUGGGACUUUUAUUUUCUUUUGUUACAUUUUUAAUGAACAGUAAUCUUUAUG